AUGUGCGGGGAGAGUGAGGGCUUUGAGGGAGAAGGAGAAUACGAGGAGGAGUGGUACCAGAUUCUUCCAGAGCUAUGGUGGAGGGACGAGAUCUGCUGCCGCGUUUUAGAGCUGGUGUCAUGCUAUGAGCAGCGGAUGAAGCGAGAUGUCUACAGGGAGACGGACUCUGUAGAUGCAAGAGUAGAAGUGAGAGCCGUGGAAGAGGAGGAGGUGGUGGUUGUUGUGUUUAGCAGGAUGGUGACGUCUAAUGGAACGAUUGACACCAAGAUGAAGUAG